CGCGGCUGCUGUGCACACACCUUCCCGGAGCCCCUGGCUCACGCCAGGUCACUGCGGGGCGGCGUGGUCCCCUAGGAGCUGUCCAGUCCAGUUCUCAGUCGGGGGAGGGCGGGGGAGACGUCGGACGGCGGCUGACGACGCGAUGGACCUGUCCGGGCUCCUCCUGGACGAAGAAGGCACCUUCUCGCUCACCGGCUUCCAGGACUUCACGUUCCUCCCUGGACACCAGAAGCUGAGUGCCCGCAUCCGAAGGAGACUGUACUAUGGCUGGGACUGGGAGACCAACUGCAGCCUGGAGGAGCUCUCCAGCCCCGUGGCAGACAUUGCUGUGGAACUGCUCCAGAAGGCAGCACCCAGCCCUAUUCGCCGACUCCAGAAGAAAUACGUAGCUCACGUAUCCCGGGAGGCAUGUAUCUCCCCGUGUGCUAUGAUGCUAGCUCUGGUGUACAUUGAGCGGCUGCGGCACCGGAACCCAGACUACCUGCAGCACGUGUCAUCCUCUGACUUAUUUCUGAUCUCUAUGAUGGUGGCUAGUAAGUACCUCUAUGAUGAAGGAGAAGAAGAGGAGGUCUUCAAUGACGAAUGGGGAGCUGCCGGGGGAAUGGCUGUGCCUACUCUCAAUACCUUGGAAAGGGGCUUCCUGAGUGCCAUGGAUUGGAGGCUUUACACUGACCCUCGGGAGAUCUUUGAGGUGCUGAGCUGGCUGGAGAGCUGUGUGGCUGAGCAGCAGGGACGGCGACGAGGCUGGUACACCUACACAGACCUGUGUGUACUGCUGGAGCAGCCAGCGUGGCAGCUGGCCCUGAGCUCCCUCUGCCAGAGGCUGGUAAAGCUGUCCUGCCUGUUAGCUGUGGCAUAUGUGAGCAGUGUGGCCCUGGCUGUGGCAUCUUUAGCUGUAGUGCAGCAGUCCUUGGGGCUGUCCUGUAGCUCUCCUCCUGGAUCCCGCAACUUUGGACUGCACUCCAAGGGCACAUUGGAGCCCUCUCCACCUUCACCUGUGGCACAGCGCCUGCUCUCUCCCACUAACGUCUCCAGCUGCCUGGAAGAAGACGCCCGGCUCCGGUCACUCUGGGGCAGUCUUCUGGCCUCACUGACUCCCCCUCCACUUCCUCCUCCAGACCCUCCUGCCCCACCCACUCUUCUCCCUAACUGCCCCUUUUGCCAGAAACUCCAGAGAGACCCUCCAAACUGCCGUGCCUGCCACCACCCUAACCGUACUAUGUACACCAGGUCUUACCACCCUUGGUACCAUGGCCAUAGCCUGGCCCCACCCUGGCCCUGGAGCCCAGUGACCCCUCCAUUCCUCCGGUCCCAGCAGUGUUCCCUUUUCAGUGUCAUAGAGCUGGCCCGCCUCAAGUCUUUCAUCUUCCCAGGCUAGGCAGGGCCCUGGUGAGUGCAAUGAGGGCUUGGGAGUCUUGAGAAUCUGGAAGAGGAAAGCUUGAUUUAGAUCUUUGCUACCUCUCUGGGUCCUUGGCUAGUACCCUGUCCUCCUAGGUAGGAGCAUAAGGGGUUGUGGGGCAGAAGAACAAGGUCAGUCACUCUUCUAGACCUCAGAGGCUGGCUGCUAAGUCAGAUCACUGACGGAGCUAUGGGGCAGCUUCAGCUCAGUGACCAGGGCAUGUUACAGAUGACAGAAGCACCUCUCUCUGCCUCCUGCCUUCCCCCCAACACACCCUGGUUUGUCCAGACUUGCCUUUGAGUUUCUUAGGAUGGAAGGGUAAAGGUGGGAGAUGGGGAUAUAGGGGUAUGGGAGUGAGGUGAGGAAAGGAAGGAAACAUUGGCACAGGUCUGUGUGAUGUCCCUAUAGCAGGAAUACCAGGGACUGAUGGUGCCAAGCUGUGAAGGAAGGCUGUGUAAGGAAGGAAUGCCUGCCACCUUUAUCCCUUGGAUGUAGCCUUGACAGCCAAGGAUUGCUGGGACCUUCAACCUUGACCUUUUGUCUUCCAACCUGAGUUCCCUGCUCCAAGACUUCCCUCUCUUCUGAUUCCUCUCUAGGUGUUUUCUUCACAGGCCUCUCUGGCCGCUGCUUUGUAUCUGGGUUUUUCAAGCUUUUGUAGAACUGAGGUUUCAAUAAACAGUUUCCGUGCA